AUGAUCAGGAUUAGACAAACUCGACUGAUGAGCCGAGGUGUCUAUUCCGGUUAUGAACAUUUUGGUGAAGACUAUGCAUCCAUUGAAUUGGCAUCACAAGCCCUGGUUUUAAUGAUAGUUGGUACAUCAGAUUCAUGGAAGUAUCCCAUUGCUUACUUUUUGUUAAAAAGCAUGUCAGCAACUACGCAAAAAGUUCUUGUAUUGAAUGCACUUGAAGCUUUGGAAGAGAUUGGAUUAAAAAAAAAAGAAUUUGAUGAUGUGGAUGAUGAUGAUCAAGAUAAGACUUUUUUAAAAAUGAAAUACUCUUCAAACUUAGACAGUAGUAGUGAUGAAAGUGUUAAGGACAUGAAAGAACGAGAUGAAUUUACUGAGAGAUCAAAAAAUUGUAACAAAGAAAAAACAAGACAAAGUUUAGGCAUCCACGAUCUUCUACAUUUUGAAUUUAUGGAUCCUCCUCCACAUGAGUUCCUUACACUUGCACUGGAGCAGUUAUAUGCAUUAGGAACAUUGAAUCGUCAUGGUACUCACAAAAACAGGCAGAAAAAUGGCAGAGUUUCCAGUUGA